AUGAGCACGCUGGCGCUGGCGCUCGCAACGCCGUCUUCGGAGUGUCGGACACUGGCUGUCAACGGCCCCGAGAACUCCAAAGUUGGGCGGACUGGCGUCACCCUGAACAGAUUGUCGCAAUCCCCCCGCCCGCGGCCGCCGGUCCACAUCCACGAGCUCGAGCAGGAGAAGGAGCCCCUCCCAGACGCGUUCGACCGCGACUCCUAUGCCCCCGCACUCUCCGAUGACCGCCACUUUGACGGUCGGAGUCAAGCGCUACCGCACUACGGACACAACAUACGUGCAAGUCCGCCUCUGCGCCGCACGUCCCUCCCCACACACAUCCCAUUCUCCUCGAUCUGGGUCCUCGAUCUCGACGUCGAACACAGCCCCGUCCUCUUGCCACCCUCCUUCCUCACGCACACCCCCGCGCUGGCCACCCUCGUCUUCCUCUUCCGCGCGCACCACGGCAUGGCCAAGAUGGACGAGCUCGACGCGCUCACCCCUGCCCUUUUCGUCCCCGGCGGUGGCGGCAGCGGCGCCCUCCCGUGCCCGCGGCUCGCCACGCUCAGCUCCUGGAUCUGGUUCCUGGGGCUCAUCGUGCACUGGGGCCCGAUGGGCGACAGGCGACGCACCCUCGUCGCCGCCACAUUCGCGAAGCUCACCGCGCUCGCGACGGGGUGCGGGUGCCUCGGCCGGCCGCUGCGCACGAUGCUUCUCGCGCCCACCACGCUCCCCACGCAACUCCGGCCGGAGGAACUGCAGGAGGCGGCGUGCGCGGACCGCGAGAACGAGGACGGGCAGAGAGGGGAGGCGCUCGUCGACGCCGCAGUCGACGCGGGGAUCGAGACACUCUGGGGUGUUGUGGACGAGGUCGUGUACAAUCACCCCGCGCCGCAUCCCCGUCGCGGUCUCGCGUUCGGGGCGCCAGCGCCGCGCCGCGCCGUGCGCAUCUCGCUGCGCUGCCCCGAGCGUGCGCCGAUCACGGGGACCAUCGACAUCGGCGUCACGUUCGAUGCCGCGUGCCCGCCGGGGGUCGCGGUGGAGAUCUUCGGCAGCGCGGUGGCCACGGACGUUGGCACGGCGACGCUCGAGGAGGUGUGCCGGCGCGGUGGGGUGUUUGGCGUGCCUGGGCGGGUGUGGAGGCAGGCGAAGCAGGGGAUGUGA